AUGGGUUCGGAAUAUAUGGAGUGCAGGAACCUGCUUGAGAUAAAGAAUAUCCGGGACAUCGUGAGCAUAUCAAGAUUGCUUGGGAUGCCGCAGAAAACCACAUACUUCACAUCAGCCGUCUACUACAAAUACAUUUCUAUGCCGAAGAGCAGAAAGACCAUUCCGAUAGGUGCUGCGUGCAUACUGCUAUCUGGAAAGGUGAAUGGGUCUCUAAGGAGUCUUGAGCAGAUUCUGAAAGCGAGCUACAAGCACCAUGGCGUCGAUCCAGAGAAGUUCUUUCAGGAUGACUAUAAAGAUGCAAUCGAUAUUGAGCUCCAUGCCUGCAUUGCAAUGGACUUCGACUUCGACAUGGACGAUCCGUAUAGCUUUCUGGAGAAAAUCUGUAUGGAUAACGAUGUCGACAGAUCAAGAGCACAAACAAUGUGGGUUAUGCUGAACGACACAAUGUAUCUACCACUUAUACUGUCCUUCAGCAUAAGAAGCAUAGUUGUGAGCUGCAUGUUUGUCUCGGACAUUGCCAGGGACAAGGGAUGCAAGGACAUUGACGAGUUCAAAGAAAGAUAUAAGCUCACAGAAAUCAAUACUGGGGACAUAGACUUUAUUUCCAAAGAAAUUGUAUCGUUUUAUGAGCACAUGCCAAAAUAG